AUGCUCAGCAGCGACCAGGCGAAGCAGCGGCUGGUCGGCUCUGAGAUAGUCAGCGCGGGCGACGAGAGGAAGCUGCGGGCCACCAUCGAGAGCAUCCUGCGCGACCAGGAGGAGCUGCGCAUGUCGAUGCCCAUGAAGAGCGUCUCCACCCUCACGAAGACGGCCUCCUCGGCUGGGCUGGCGACGGCGGCGAGCCUCACGGUGUUUCUCUCGCAGCCCUGGUGCGCAGCGCUGCUGCCCACCAUCACGGGUCUCAUGUUCAUCCUGACGACCUCUGCGGAGAGUUCGGGCAUCCGCUCGAAGGGCCUUGCGCGCCUCCACUCCGCCACCGCCUCCUCGCUGGCCUCGCAGCAGGAGACUAUCCUGGCAGAGGCAGAUAUCCGGAAGGCGCUGCUUCCUUUCGGCGUGGGCCUCACGGCGAUUUUCUCCGCGGCCUGCGUUUCGCUGAGGCUGUUCAACUCCAGAGUUGCUAGCGAUACCGCCGAAGGCGCCUUCAACCCGCUGUCCACUUUCAAUGGGCAACGCGGACUGCUGCUGUGCACCGUGUCCGCCGUCUUCGGGGCGCUGUCCACCAGCGACCAGUACCUCCGCAUGCGCACCACGCUCACCCUGCAGCCCGAGGAGCAGAAGAGCGACAACGAGACCGAGUGGGAGCGGCGGCGGCUGCCGUCGGUCACGACCGAGCCCACCACGCUGGACAGGGUCGUCACGGGCGGCACGGCCCUGGCGAUCUGCCUCUCCCCCCUGGCCAUCGAGGCCACCAUCAUCGGGUUCAACGUGAGCGGCAUGGACCCCGGGGCGCAGUUCAGCCAGCAGCUCCAGGAGGUCGCGGACGAGGCCGCCGUGGUCAUCUCGGCGAUCGCCGGCACCCUCGCGUCCCUGGUGUACCUGCUGGCCGAGAAGGACUUUGCCGACGCCGAGCAGCGCAUCGCCAUGCAGUCCAAGCAGUCCGCGCUCUCGGAGCUCUUCUUCGCCCAGGCCCUGGCGGAGGCGGCGGGCCUGGCCUUCCGCAGCGCCGUGGUGGGCUUCACCCUGGGCAUCGGCGAGCUGCUGGUGGAGGGGCUGGUGGGCUACGAGGCGAAGGCGGCGUACCUGGAGGGGCAGAGGGCCCGCAAGGGGGACCCGACGCUCGUGCAGGAGAGCGCCCUCUCCUCCACAGUCGAGGAGCUGGAGCGCAUACGCACCGACGUGUUCCGCGUCGAUCGCUUCACGGACGACGUGCGGUCGCAGAUGCUCCAGCUGCCCGUGGGCACCACGCAGGCGUUCCCCAAGCUGCGGAGGGAGGGCCGGCGGAAGGUGCACUCGAUCGCGGCGGAACUGGGCUUCGCGUCGCAGUCCGUCUAUGACGGUGGGCAGCGCGUAGUGUUGGUCGCGAACGAGAGGGGGGCUGCGGAGCCCGAGAGGAGUGAUCUGGAUCUGCUCGCGGUGUUCGGGCAGCUGGCAGACGACGCAGGCAGACAGGUCCAGGGAUUGCUGCGGGAUGGUAUCCCAGAGUCAUCGAAGCCGUCGUUCGGCGCCGCCGUCUCGAUCGCGGCCCUCAGCUUCGCGUCGCCGCUGCUGACCUCGGAGAUUGGGGUGGAGCUCGCCACCCCCUUCGCGGCGGGCGCGCUGGCGCUUCAAACGGUCUUGCAGGAGCGCAACUCCAAGCGAACAGUGGGCAAGGCGAAGCGCGAGACGGCGAAACUGGAGCAAAGGCUGGCAAGGGCCUCGGCCAGGCUGGCGCUCGCCACCGUGGCGCUGGCAUCCCUGCCGACGUGCGUCUCUGUCGGGAUGACAGCUGCGAUAGCAUCCUGCAUCUGCUUCAUCUGUGACAAGUCGCUGCUGGUGUACGCUUUCAGCGCCACGGCCCUCAUGGCCGCGAUUACGGCCUACGCAGCGGCUGUUCAGAGACAAAGGAGGGUGCGUAAGUACGUCUCGGCCGCCAUAGACCAUGUGGAUGGCCCGGGCCUGCCGGCGGACAUCCUGCACAGCCGCAAAAGCUGGCUGGCGAUCGGUGCCUCGCUGGCGCUGCUGACACCAGGAAGCUUGCUGCAGCGCCUGACGAUUGCCAGCGCGACCGUCACGUUUGGCACUGUGCUCGUCCUGUCCGCGGCAGCCUCGGAUCUCUCCUGCGGGGAGUUCUACGUCGCCCGCGCCGAGCGGGUACUCGCGCGCACCGACGCGUGGUCGCAGGAGGCGUCCUGCGCCUCCCGCGCCCUGCCCUUUGGCAGCGCGGCCGCGAUCGUCAACACCCUGCUGGCCACGGCCCUCGUGAGCUCCGUGGGGCCGGUCAGCGUGGUCUUCUCGGCCAUCGGCCUCGGCGUCUGCGCCCGGGCGCUGCAGUUCGGCAACCAGUCCCAGCGCUACGCGAAGCUCGCGGAGAGCGAGCGCGAGGACAUCCAGGCGCUCAAGCCCAGGAUGCCCUCGCCCUGGCGCGGCCGCAGCGCCACCUACGCCGCCACCGUGUCGCAGGCGGGGCGCGACGGGGCCCCGGCCAAGGGCUACGUGCGCAGCGACCUCUUCGUGCGCGACCAGCAGAGGCGGCGGCGCAGGAGCUGGCGGCGGCUGCUGCAAGGCGGGGCCCGAGGCCUCUGGUCCUGGGCGGGGCCACGAGCCAUCGUGACGUUCCUCCGGAUCUGGCAGGAGGACCCGCCGGAGUCCGAGUACCGCCCGACGCCCGCGGAGCGCGCGGUGGAGAGCGUGCGGGGGGACAUGGACGAGGUGCGCGUGUCGGUGCGCAGCAGCGAGAAGAACUGGCUGCGCACCGGCUCGGCCGUGACGCUUUCCACCCUCGCGGCCAUUCUGGCGCCGGUGGUGCUCUCCAGUUAUUAUGUUGGCGUCAUCCUGCCCGUUGCAGGCGCGGGGCUCACGCUUUUCGCGGUGGCUGCGGAGAGUAACGCGAGGCGAAGCGUGGCCGCGUCGAAGGUGUGGUCGGCCCAGCUCGCGGAGGUGACGAACUUCCUGGAGGAAAUGACAAGCUCGAGUGCCCUCUACCGGCACCGCCUCAUCGCGAUGACAGGAGUGACGGCCUGCCUGGCCGUCAUGGGCCUGGCGGUGGAGCAUCCUUGGCGCAUGGCCGCGGCGCUGCGGCCGAUGGCGCACACGGUGCAGGCGGCCGUUCAGUGGGCGCUGGUGGGCAUCACGUCCUUCAUCUGUUUGCAGAGCAUCCAGCAGGUCGCGAUGGUGCUGCACUGGUCGCGCCAGGUGACCGAGCAGAUGCAGGCUCCGAUCGCGGUCGCCUCCGUCUGCGACCUGAGGGCGGAGCAGCCCAGCGAGGUGCUGCAGCAGGCCUGGCUGCUCCGGCAGCGCCCCUCGCCGCUCGCGCUGCUGGCCGCGCUGCCGCCCCUGGCGCUGGCCUUCUGGCCGCCAGGCAGGCCGCUCGGUCAACGGGUCGUGGCGUCCACCGCGGCCGGCGCCUUCGUCGUCUGCACGGCCCUGCUCGUCGCCGAGCGGGCCGCGACCAAUGCCGAGCUGGCCCAGGCCGCGCGGGCGCGGACAUUCUCGCUGGCAGACGCGUUCUCGAACGAGGCCGAGCAACAGGCUGCGCUGCUGCCGCUGGCCUCUGCGGCGGCCAUCGCGUGCUCGGCGCUGAUCGCGUUCGGGACCGAGGUGAACCCCUUCGCGGCGUCCGCGCUCACCAUCCUGCAGGGGGUCGCCUGGAUCGUGGCCUCCCGCAAGGGGCUCGCCGCGAAGUUCGAGAGCACCGCGUCGCUGCAGGUGGAGCAGGUGUCCGAGAGCAACCGCCCGGCCUGGAAGAGCGGCGAAGGCGACAACCUGCCUCGCCGCCUGCGGCGCUUCCUGCUGAGGAUGUAG